UUUUCUCCAUACUUCUUUCUGCUUUGUGUUCUGUCUUAUACAUCCAAAUAUGUCUCUCUCUGCUUUGUCUUCUCUUCUUCUCACCACCACCUUGCUUUUCAUGCAAAAUCUGGCAGCCGAAGCUGCGUGUUCCGAUUGUUUUAUAUCUUCUCGAGCUACUUAUUACCCGAACUCUGACGAACAAGGAACAGCUGUUGGUGCAUGUGGGUUUGGCUCCUUUGGUGCUACAGUCAAUGGCGGGGACGUAUCCGCAGCUUCUGCUCUUUAUCGUGAUGGUCUCGGCUGUGGUGCCUGUUACCAGGUGAGGUGUAAGAACAGUGGUUAUUGCUCAGACAAUGGCGUGACGAUAGUGAUAACGGACCAAGGUUCAGGUCCUGGCACUGAUUUCAUUCUGAGCAAACGAGCUUUCACUCAUAUGGCUCAGACCAGUGAUGCUGCUGCGACUUUGUUGGCUUCCGGAGUCGCUGAUAUUGAAUACAGAAGAGUUUCAUGCAGCUACCCAGCCAAAAAUAUCACUUUUAAGAUCCAUGAGGGUAGCAGCAACCCCAAUUACUUGGCCUUCGUCAUAGAGUACCAACAAGGCAAAAGAGAUAUCACUGCUGUGCAGCUCUGUGAGACCAAGAACUUUGCUUGCAAGUUGCUGAGUAGGAGUUUUGGAGCUGUGUGGACUGUGAACUCUCCUCCAAGUGGGCCUUUAUCAGUGAGGAUGUUGUUUAGUGAUGAUGAUGAAGACACGUGGGUUGUUCCUGUGAAUAACAUUCCUCAAGACUGGAAGGCUGGAGAAACCUAUGAUUCUGGAGUUCAAGUGAGCCAGUAGAGAGAAUCAGAGAACAUACACCACAAUCACAAUAUGAUUUGUUCAUUUGCCAUCUCUGUUUACUCAAGGAAAUAAGUUAUCAUAAUUAUUAAUAAUAUAUAUUUUUCCAAUUGUCAUUGUAGCUCCUAUAAUUAGUACUGAUGGCAUCUUUUUCUUUUCUUUUUUUUUUUUUAAUUUUAGUGCUUAGGCAAUUUAUAUAUAAAGAAUAAGUUCGACUUCUUUCAAAUUCUGAGAGAUUUUUCAUUUAUUUUUCCCAUUAAACAUUAAUUGUAUCUAAUUUAUUUGGAAUGUAAUGCAAUUUAAUAGUUAUGUUAAUUGAUUUAUCUAUUGACAA